CAAGUUGUUUACAGAGUUCAUCCUUUGGAGAGUUCAAUGAGAUCCAUGGAGGAUGAAGUAGUCUGAUAAAAAAACCUCCCACCGACUCUCACAGAUCACUUUCCAGUCCGUGUGUUUGCCGGAUCACACCAGAGCAUAUCAAGGUCAGAUACUGAAGACUGAGAGACAAUCUAGUGCUGUUUAUGUCAGAUUGAUAUUUGUUAUUACCUCACUGCAUACAUUAUCAAUGGAUUAUAGAUCUAAUGUGACUUAUAUAACUUUUGGUGGGCAUGUGGAAGUGCACAAAUAUAGAUAUCUUUAUUUUGUAGUCAUGUUUACGGUGUAUAUUUUAAUAAUUAGCAGUAAUUUAACUAUUGUGUGCAUCAUAAUGAUUCACAAAAACCUGCAUGAGCCAAUGUACAUUUUCAUUGCAGCUUUGUUAAUCAACUCUGUUCUCUUAAGCACUGCUAUCUACCCAAAGCUUUUGAUUGACUUUUUAUCAGAAAAACAGAUCAUAUCUUAUCCAGCAUGUCUCUUCCAGUGGUUUUUAUAUUACUGGUUAGGAAGUUCAGAUUUCUUUCUCUUGUCGGUUAUGGCCUAUGACAGAUAUGUGUCUAUAUGUAACCCUCUGCAAUAUCCAACCAUCAUGCAAGAAAAAAAAGUUAACAUUUUCCUAAUUUCAGCUUGGAUUCUGCCUGCUUGUCAGACUUCAGGAGCAAUGUUACUAAGUGCUAAAAAAGAAAUCUGUACAUUUCAUUUGAAAGGAAUACUUUGCAACAGCACAGUUCAAACACUUCACUGUAUGAGAUCAAGAAUACAGAAUAUAUAUGGCUUGAUUGUUCUUGUUACUACUGUAGUUCUCCCUGUGCUCUUUAUACUUUUCACAUAUGGCAGGAUACUUGUUGUAUCAUAUCGAUGUAGAGGAGUUAGGGGAAGAGCUGCACAGACCUGUUUACCCCAUCUGCUGGUUCUAAUCAACUUUUCCUGUUUAACUGCAUAUGAUGUACUUCUUCCUCGACUGGAACUCGAUUCUCCAGAAAUUGUACGAUUAAUAAUGACUUUACAAGUUUUAAUAUAUCACCCUCUUUUUAAUCCAAUCAUUUAUGGACUAAAGAUGAGGAGAAUUUAUGAUCACCUUAAGAAGCUCUUCUGCAGAAUGGUGUAGUGUCUUCACACUGAUGACUCACUGUUUUGUGAGACACAGAAAUGUGAACAUUGUAAACAUUUAAAAACUUGUUUUAAAAACAUUAAUGCACACUGAGUCUUACACUUUGGUUCAUCAUUACAUUGUGUAUGUGUAAGCAUAUAUUCACCAUUUUGUUUUUACUUAUGACCAUUCUCUUCAAGUGUAUUACAAGUCAUAGUAGUCUUAAAUACGCAUGCGAUCCAAUGACAUAAGCUUUCAUAAACCCUUGGUGAGCAAACUAGACAAAUACUGUUGAUAGAAAACAAAAGGAAGUAUCAACAUGGUAAGUAGUGCAGUGAGUUGUGAUCAGAAAAAUAUUGUUAUAUUAUGGAAGAGGGUAGGGGGUUGUGAUUAAAUAAAUGCAUGUCAAUAUUUUAAACAAAUAACCAUUAAAACAUGAGCAUGUUUCUGAUUCAAGUCAAGUUAUUGUUUCUCUUUACUACUUCAUCUGGCUGUCUCUCUGUCGAUGCAUUUCAGGGAGAGGUACAUUUCUAUAUGUAAGGAUGAACGUGUUAAGUCGUCUUUAUUAGAAACUUCCCACUGAGUGACAAAAUAAGCAGCUAUGAAAAUUCUCUAAAACGUAUUAACAAAAUCAGAAAGAAAUUAUCUAUAAACUCAAUCACUCCCUUAGGAGGAAAACAAAAAAUGCUAUGAAAAACGAGACUAUUCUCAAGAAUACUUCUCUCAAAAGGAGGCUAUCAGAAUGGCUAUGAAAACUAGACUAAUCUAUGAAAACGUACAAACAGCAAAUCACUUGUAAGGAGGCAAAAAUAAUUGGCUAAAUGAUCUAAGAACAAGCAACGCUAGGUUUACUGUGGCUGUGGCGGCAGGCUUGGUAAAAACUUUGGCCUGCUGGAGCUGAUCAAACACGGAGGACAUGAGAGGUACGGUUCUUUAU